AUGCCUCGUGCUGAGUACCACGCCACCUUUUCGGGUCCGCACAAUAACGGACUACAAGCUGGCUAUAUCGCGGGAAAUGUUGAGACCCACCACCACUACGCCUUUGCCCCAUUGCGUAGAACGUCCCGAGACUCCUCCCAGUCCGUCCUUUCGAUCCCGUUCCUCCGCGAUCAGGAUUUCAUCGACCGUGCGACGAUCCUGAAUCAGCUCCAUGACCGAUGUGCUGCACCAGGAUCCAGGACGGCGCUGGUAGGUUUGGGUGGUGUUGGCAAGUCACAGCUCGCGAUUGAACAUGCAUACCGAAUUCACGAGCGAGAACCGGAAACGUGGAUUUUUUGGGUCCAUGCUAGUAAUGCCGCUCGGUUUGAGCAGAGCUACCGGGAGAUUGCCGAUACUGUCAAGCUCUUUGGGCGGCGGGAUCCGAAGGCCAACAUCUUCAAGCUUGUGUACAACUGGCUGCGAGAAUGCAAGAACGGAAAAUGGAUUCUGAUACUGGACAAUAUUGAUGAUGGUCAUUUUUUCGUCAACCGCUCUGAUAAUAUGCAGGGUCAGACUAGUCAUGAAACUAGCAGAGUGGAUCGGUCGCUGCGAGAUUAUCUUCCUCAAAGCCCAAAUGGAUCUAUUUUGAUAACAUCACGAAGCAGGGAGGCCGCAUUGAAGCUAGUGAACCAGCGCGACAUUAUUCCAGUAGAGCCGAUGGAUGGUACACACGCACAAGCACUGUUCGAGACGAAGCUGGGAAAGGGGGAUGAGCAAUAUCACAACAGCCAGGAUGUUGCCGAACUGGCAGCAGCAUUGGACUUCAUCCCGCUGGCGAUUGUCCAAGCGGCGGCAUAUAUUUCUGACCCGGAUCGGGGCUGUUCGGUGCGACAAUAUCUUAACGAGUUUCAGAAGAAUGAUUGCAAGAAGAUCCAUCUGCUAGAUCAUGAGGAGGGCCAGUUUCGUCGAGAUUGGGAGGCCAAGAACUCGAUCCUGAUCACAUGGCAGAUCUCAUUUGAGAGCAUUCGCGAAAAUCGACGAUCAGCGAGUGAUCUACUGUCGUUGAUGAGUUUCUUUGACCGCCAAGGGAUUCCUAAGGCUCUCCUCUACAACCGUAGCGGCGGAGACGCCGAGGAAUCUCGUAGUGAAGACGAUAACGACAGUGAAGCACAGUCUAGCAUGACGGAUGAGUUUAACAAUGAUAUCCUCAUAUUGCGAAGGUACUCCUUGAUCUCGAUCAAUAUAGACCGAACGACCUUCAGUAUGCACAACCUAGUGCAGCUUGCAACACGACGAUGGCUGGAGGUGAAUGGCGAGCUGGAGAAGUGGAAGUGGCAAUAUAUCCGGAAUCUAAAUGCGGAGUUUCCUAGUGGAGAGUAUGAGAAUUGGGAACAAUGCCAGAUACUGUUCCCGCAUGCGAAGGCCGCCGCAAGGCAACAGCCAGAAAGCCGGGACGCUUUGAUUGAAUGGGCUUCCGUGCUGUAUAAGUCUGCAUGGUAUGACUGGAGAAAAGGUAAUGGUGGUGAGGGAGCAGAGCUGUCAGUCAGAGCGAUGAAGACUUGGAAACAAUAUCUGGGUCUAGAACAUGAAAAGACGUUAAGCAGUAUAGAUAUUAUAGGAUUGAUCGACUUGCUUCAGGGUCGAUGGAAAGAGGCGGAAGAGCUGUUUGUGCAGGUGAUGGAGAUAAGAAAGAGGGUGCUGGGCGCGGAGCAUCCUCACACGCUGGCAAGCAUGGCCAAUCUGGCGUCGGCGUACAUGAAUCGAGGACGAUGGAAAGAGGCGGAAGAGCUGGAGAUGCAGGUGGUGGAGACAACAAAGAGGGUACUGGGUGCGGAACAUCUUUCCACACUAACUAGCAUGGCCAAUCUGGCAUCCACGUACAUGAAUCAAGGACGAUGGAAUGAAGCGGAAGAGCUGGAAGUGCAGGUGAUGGAGACGAGGAAGAGGGUGCUGGGUACGAAGCAUCCUGAUACGCUGACCAUUAUGGCCAACCUGGCAUCGACGUACAGGAAUCAAGGACGAUGGAAUGAAGCGGAAGAGCUGGUUGUGCAGGUGAUGGAGAUAAGAAAGAGGGUGCUGGGUGCGGAGCAUCGUUCCACACUAACCAGCAUGGCCAAUCUGGCGUCGACGUACAGGAAUCAAGGACGAUGGAAUGAAGCGGAAGAGCUGGAGAUGCAGGUGAUGGAGACAACAAAGAGGGUGCUGGGUGUAGAGCAUCCUUCCACACUAACUAGCAUGGCCAAUCUGGCAUCCACGUACAGGAAUCAAGGACGAUGGAAUGAAGCGGAAGAGCUCGAAGUGCAGGUGAUGGAGACGAGGAAGAGGGUGCUGGGUGCGAAGCAUCCUGACACGCUGACAAGCAUGGCCAAUCUGGCAGCGACAUACUGGAAUCAAGGACGAUGGAAAGAGGCAGAAGAGCUGUUUGUACUGGUGAUGGAGAUAACAAAGAAGGAGCUGGGUGCGAAGCAUCCUGACACGCUAACCAUUAUGGCCAACCUGGCAUCCACGUACAGGAAUCAAGGACGAUGGAAUGAAGCGGAAGAGCUGGAAGUGCAGGUGAUAGAGACGAGGAAGAGGGUGCUGGGUGCAAAGCAUCCUGACACGCUGACCAGCAUAGCUAAUCUGGCGUCGACGUACAGGAAUCAAGGACGAUGGAAUGAAGCGGAAGAGCUGGAAGUGCAGGUGGUGGAGAUGAGAAAGAGGGUGCUGGGUGCGGAGCAUCCUGACACGCUGACAAGCAUGGCCAAUCUGGCAUCCACGUACAGGAAUCAAGGACGAUGGAAUGAAGCGGAAGAGCUGAACGUGCAGGUGGUGGAGAUGAGGAAGAGGGUGCUGGGUGCGAAGCAUCCUGACACGCUGACCAGCAUGGCCAACCUGGCGUCAAUAUACUGGAAUCAAGGACGAUGGAAAGAAGCAGAAGAGCUGUUUGUACUGGUGAUGGAGAUAACAAAGAAGGUGCUGGGUGCGAAGCAUCCUGACACACUGACCAUUAUGGCUAACCUGGCGUCGACACACUGGAGUCAAGGACGAUGGAAUGAAGCGGAAGAGCUAGAAGUGCAGGUGAUGGAGAUAAGAAAGAGGGUGCUGGGUGCAAAGCAUCCUGACACACUAACCAGCAUAGCUAAUCUGGCGUCGACGUACAGGAAUCAAGGACGAUGGAAUGAAGCGGAAGAGCUGGAGAUGCAGGUGAUGGAGACAACAAAGAGCGUGCUGGGCGCGAAGCAUCCUUCCACACUAACCAGCAUGGCCAAUCUGGCGGCGACAUACAGGAAUCAAGGACGAUGGAAUGAAGCGGAAGAGCUGGAGAUGCAGGUGAUGGAGACAACAAAGAGCGUGCUGGGCGCGAAGCAUCCUUCCACACUAACCAGCAUGGCCAAUCUGGCGGCGACAUACAGGAAUCAAGGACGAUGGAAUGAAGCGGAAGAGCUGGAGAUGCAGGUUAUGGAUAUGAGGAAGAGGGUGCUGGGUGCGGAGCAUCCCGACACGCUGACAAGCAUGGCCAAUCUGGCGUCGACGUACAGGAAUCAAGGACGAUGGAAUAAAGCGGAAGAGCUGGACGUGCAGGUGAUGGAUAUGAGAAAGAGGGUGCUGGGUGCGGAGCAUCCUGACACGCUGACAAGCAUGGCCAAUCUGGCGUCGACGUACAGGAAUCAAGGACGAUGGAAUAAAGCGGAAGAGCUGGACGUGCAGGUGAUGGAUAUAAGAAAGAGGGCGCUGGGUGCGGAGCAUCCUGACACGCUGACAAGCAUGGCCAAUCUGGCGUCGACGUACAGGAAUCAAGGACGAUGGAAUGAAGCGGAAGAGCUGGACGUGCAGGUGAUGGAUAUGAGAAAGAGGGUGCUGGGUGCAGAGCAUCCUGACACGCUGACAAGCAUAGCUAAUCUGGCGUCGACGUACAGGAAUCAAGGACGAUGGAAUGAAGCGGAAGAGCUGGACGUGCAGGUGAUGGAGAUGAGGAAGAGGGUGCUGGGUGCGAAGCAUCCUGACACGCUGACCAGCAUGACUAACAUGGCCUUCACUUGGAAAGAGCAGGGCCGCGGCGUGGAAGCCCUUGACCUUUUGCAGGAAUGUGUACAACUACGGUCAAAGGUUCUAGGUGUUAAACAUAUUGAUACUGUGUCAUCCUCUGCAACAUUGAUUUGUUGGCAGGCUGAGAAAUUGGACAUCAAGGAGCCAGCAGCCAAUGGUGCCGUAUAAACCGAUGUAGUACCUAUGGACUGUGAACAGCUCAGGGCGGUUGAUGUCUGAAUGUACACUAAUCUGGAGCAAGUACCAGAUAUCAGGCUGGGCGAUGUCGUAGUUAGUCUCCACACCAAGUCUACGGAAGGGGUCGUGCAAUAUGAUUGUGGGAAGUCAUUGCAGGAAAAGCCGGAUUCGGUUAUAGUCACUUUCCAGUCAGCCUCAGUGAGAUAUUGAAACCAUUCUUCAGGGAUGACCUUGCCGAUGAAAAUCAGGAACGGAGGAAUCGCGCUUCCUUCAGCGUUUAUACCCUCAAUGGCAGUUACUAAUUCUCGUCCAGAAGAGCUUGGAACACUGCGUAUCGUUUCUUGAUACUUUGUCACAACUUUUUCGUCGCCUCCUUGUCCAAUUUGAAAUCCGGAUUCAUCAAAGUUCUAAUAGUUGCAUGGUAAAAUUUCG